AUGUCAGACAACGAGGAAGAAUACGAGUAAGAGGAGGAGGAGGAGUUGGAGGAGGUGGAGGAGGAGGAAGGGGAGGCAGAAGCAACAGAAGAGGCAAAACCCAAACCAAAGCCAUUUAUGUUGCCUAACUUGGUACCUCCAAAGAUCCCAGAUGGAGAGAAGGUUGACUUUGAUGACAUCCACCGCAAGCGCAUGGAGAAGGACCUGAACGAACUACAGGCCCUGAUUGAGUCUCACUUUGAGAACCGUAAAAAAGAGGAGGAGGAACUCAUCAGCUUGAAGGAACGAAUAGAAAAGCGCCGGUCUGAGCGGGCAGAGCAACACAGGAUCCGGAGUGAACGAGAAAAGGAGCGACAGAAGAGAGUGGAGGAAGAGAGGGCCCGGAAGGAGGAAGAAGAAGCAAAGAAGAAAGCUGAGGAUGACGCAAAGAAGAAGAAGACCCUAACUAGUUUGCACUUUGGUGGUUACAUGCAGAGGACGGACAGGCGGAGUGGCAAGAAGCAGACAGAACGGGAGAAGAAGAAGAAGAUCCUCAGCGAUCGGCGCAAACCACUCAACAUAGAGCACCUGAGUGAAGACAAAAUCAGGGAGAAGGCAAAUGAGAUGUGGAAGUGGAUGCAUCAGCUGGAAGCUGAGAAAUUUGAGCUCCAGUACAAGUUUGCACGGCAGAAAUAUGAGAUCAAUGUCCUGAGGAACCGUGUGAGUGACCAUCAGAAAACCUCCAAGAGAACUAAGAGGGGAUUGAGGAAAUAAGGUUGGUGCGGUGGACACUCUACCCG